AUGAUUGCAAUCACAAAUGUUCAAAAAGAGAAGAGGUGGGGGACUUACAGAAUCCCACUAAGUUCGUUUCCGGCGUACCAGAACGCGAGUACUUUUGAAGCAUUGGUUAUUCAAGUGUUACCCCCAAAAACUCAAGGAAAAAACAACACCACUUCAAGAGAUAUUGUUGUAAUCAAUCAAGAAAAGUGCCCCAUGAUAAUAACACUGUGGAAUGAUUUCCAUCUUGAUGAGGGUCAAACAAUUGCACAGAUGGUUAACACAACUCCUACUCUCCUAUGCUUCAAACUACGAGCCUCAACAUUCAACGUGCUUUCCUUGACUACGAGGCCGUCAUCGGCAUUGAUAAUAAAUGCUCCAACAAAAACCCGCGAUGCCCUUCGUGACUGGUACCAAACGAACAAAGAAGAGAUAAUUGGAAUGAUAGAAGGUCAAGCAUACAAGAAUACAGAUAUUUUACUCCCUCGACCUUUGGAGCAAACAAUUUCAACAAUCAACCAAGCAUUGAGACUUUUCAACAAAAAGUUCUAUACAGCAUGGGUAAAAGUCAAAACAACCUUAGCUCCUUCUCAAUCCGCUUUCUGGUUUGCCACAUGCAAUAACUGCCAAAAGUCAAUCAAUGGCGAUGUUGGUCCAAAUAUUAAAUGUAUAUCGUGCAACCAAAAUGUUAAGCUGGAGGCCAGAACUAGAAUUCUGCUAGAAUUGACAGACUCAACAGGCACAAUCACGGCAUCUGUCCUUGCAACAGAAGCUGAAAAACUCAUCGGCGUUAAUGCUGAGGCUUUGAGAACUACAGAAGAUCAGGAUGUUGACCUCAGUACAACUAUUCAAAAUGCUCUGAAGCAACACACCAUUGUUGCAUUCCUCAGAAAAUACGAUAGUACAUUCCAGGGACGUGCCUCAGAAAAAUAUAGUAUUGUAAAAUCAUACUUAAUCCAAGAUCUUCUCAUGAAUGAAACACCCCAAAGGAAAGCAGUACCAUUUGAAGAGAUAACCUCAGAAGGACAUACGGAAAUGACAAUGUAA